AUGGUUUCCCACUCUCUCUCCAAGCCCAACCAGAAGCUGUCUCGCAACUCCCGACAGGUCGUGAAUGAGGUAUGUCUUUUUGCAGUCGCUAUUUUGUUUUAGGUAUUAACGAAUAUUAGAAGUGUUUUGAUUAUCAAGACUACUAUUAUUUGUUAAUUUUAUCACACUUCUUUCAGCCUUUUUUUGACGAUUUUGCAUGUAAGCUUACGUCAGAUUUCAAAGUUCUGGCGUAAUAAUGUCUUUUUUAUAUUACUGUAAGUUUUACUUCAGACCUCUUCCGAAGCGUUUGAUGAACACGAAAGUCCAACUGGAACAGAAUCAUCUGUUAACAUUCGUAAUACCACAGUAUUUGUCUCGGAUUCGCAGAGCGAUGAUUCGGAUUCCGGUUCCACUUACAAGUCCGGAGAAGAACAUGGUGAAGACGAUUCUGAAGCCACCGACGGCUCAGGUGAUACUUCUAACGAGUCCGCAGACAGCUCAGACGGGUCUGAUGCCACCGUCGAUUCAUGUGAUACUUCUAACAAGUCUGAAGAGAGCUCAGCGUGUUAUGAAGACGACUCUGCUUCCACGGACGGUUCAAAUGAUGCAUCUGAUGAGUCUGAAGCCAGCUCAGACGAUUGUGAAGACGAUUCGGACAUGGAUUCUGAUCUCGAGGACGAGGGAGAAGACUCCGACGAAGGAGAAGAUUCUGAACCGGAGUAUGAAAGUCUCAGUGAUCUUGAAGGUAGUGUUUGUUUUUAAAAUAUUACUUUUUGUUGUUUAGAAUUGAAUCCAACGAGAAAUCCUCCUGCUCGAGCUGAUUCGAACAUGGUGGUCAACGCGGAAGCUAUCCAAUACCUUGGCGAGGACUUCAUGAACUUGUCGGUCCAAACAGCGAGUCCAAUCAAGGCAGAGAGUUCCACCGAAUCGUUUGAGAACAUUGAUUUACAUGAUCCACAACUCCAAAUUGAAGACAAUGGAUUUUUCUGA